AUAUUUAAUUAUCUUACUUUUUAAAUCUGAACCGACUUUUGAGUGCAGGCAUAUAUGUAUAUAUACAAAGGUGGUGUUUCUUUGCGAAAUUACAGUAAUUAAUGCUUGAUUUUUUUAAGUAAAAUAUUUUAUCAUACAAUGUAUAAUAGGGUGGCCGCCAACCUUGAAAACCUGGAAUUAUCAUGGAUUUUUUUUAUACUGGAAAGAACCUGGAAAAAUCAGGGAAAUUUGCAGGGCUUCAAGUGCUGCGCAUUUUGCGCCAAAUCGGUAUAUUUGCGCAUUACUGAGCAGAAACGGCAUUUUAUUCUAAAUUUGUGCCAAAUGUGCGCCAAAAUGUUCUAACACACGAUCUUUCGCGAGGGAUGAAGUUUUGAUUACGUCAUCGGCCGUCACUCCUCGUUUUCCGUGACGUACUCGUACUGAACUCGUCGUAGGAGGGGUGUGUGUGUUACGGUAGACCAAUAAAAUGUAUCCUUCCUCCUCCAUCCUUCCUAACUGUUCGACAUUUUGGAGACUGAGAACUUAGAAUGUUGUUUGACUGAGCAGCGGCAUCGGGCCUCGAUCGUUCAAGAAAAUGGUUGGAUCUCGUGGUGGAAAAUCUAAAGGUGGCAGGUGCACCCUUUUUAACAUAGAUGCUUUGAAACAAAGAGACUGCAAUGGGGACCUUAUCUCCGACUGGUGCACACCUGGCUUUAAACCAGAAGAAGGCAUCUGCACUAUUCGUGAUUUGACUAUCAAAUGCAAUCAGCAUGGUGUGUCUGCCGCUGGUAAAAUUAAACCUAAAAUAGUGCAGAAAAGACUGGACUUUACUCAAAAGAACUGCCAGCAACUGGGUGAAAAAGACAAAGUCACAGCAGCAGAAACUUUUUUUACUUUAGCUGUUGCAAAGUGCAAUGUCCCUUUCAUGUUUAGUGACACUGCUACAGAAAUUUUCCCAAAAAUGUUUUCUGACUCGAAAAUAGCUAGUGAGUUUUCCGUUUCACGGACUAAAUUAUCGUACAUAGUUUCAGAUGGCAUAGGCCCCUUUUUGAAGUCAGAUCUGAUUCAUGAGAUAAACAAAUAUGGAGCUUACUAUUCUAUUCAGAUAGAUGAGACUCCGAUCCAGGAGAAAAGAACCCAGCAAUUAGAUGUUUUGAUACGUUUUUAUAGUGAGAUGAAACAAAAGGUCCUCACAAAACAUUUACAAUCAUUCCAUUUAGGCCACGCCACGAGUGACAUUCUUUUGGAUUGUGUAAAAAGAGCUAUAUCAGAGUUGUCCUCCCAAAAGCUCAUAAGCUUUUACAGUGAUGGACUGAAUGUCAUGAAGGCAUUGAAGAAAAAAAUGUCUUUGAUAAAUGAGAAUUUGAUAGACAUUAGUGAAUGCUCCCUGCAUAAAGUUCAUAAUGGUUUUUCAGAAGGAUUGAAUGCUUUUGGUGGUGAUAUUGAGUGCCUUGUUAUAGAUAUUUAUCACUUUUUCAAAAAUUCAGCUUCAAGUAACAGUGAUUUUAGAGAUGUACAAAUAAAACUUAAUUUGCCAGAAAAUGUGUUUGUCUGGCAUGUGUCAAGCCGUUGGCUAACUGUUGAAGCAUCUGUUGGGAGAUUUAUUGAGCAGUAUGAUGCUUUAAAAUUUUUUUUUAUCACUUCACCUACAGGACGGCAGUCAGCACGCCAUCAAAGAAUUCUGUGUGCACUAAGAGAUAAGAGCACUUAUGCUAAGGCAUUGUUUUUACAAAAUGUUUGCCCUCUCUUUUCUAAAUAUUUAGCAAUAUUUCAGAGUCAGGAACCACUUAUCCCCAUUUUGUAUGAUGAGAUGGUUGCUAUGCUUAAAGCAUUGAUGGGGAGGUUCUUGGUUUCAGAAGCUUUUGCUGAUAAAACUGGAAUUCAAUUGAAAGAACUAGAUGUAAACAGUGGCAAACUGUGGAAGAAACCUGAAGUUGGCUGUGACACUCAAAAAGAACUGAAGAAAUUGGAUGAAACAGUCAGAAAGGAAUGUUACUUAGGUGCUAGGGCUUUUUACAUUACUUCAGCAAAGUACCUGUUAAAGGUUUUGCCUCUAGGUAACAAAUUUUUAGAGCGUUUAAAAUGCAUACACCCUGAAUUCAUUAAAGAGGAAUCCUCAUUAGGAUGCAUAAAAGCAAUUGCUCGCGAAUUGCCAAACAUUAUUUCGCAUUCUUCUGUAACUUCUCUAGCUGAUGAGUGGAUUGUGUUACAGAGUGAAGCUGUUCCAGUGGUUUGUGAAUCAUCCUCAGAAGGUUUCAAUAUACAGCAUUACUGGAAUUCAGUAUUUUCUCUCCAAAGAAAUAACAGUUCCAAGUUUCCUUAUGUGCAAGUAUUGGUCAAAGCAUUGUUGGCGUUACCUCAUGGAAAUGCAGACUGUGAGAGAGGUUUUAGCAUCAAUAAUGCAUUAAAUCAUUUCUAAGUGACUAUGAUAAUGUCACAGAUGUGACUUUGUCUAGUGAUAUGUUGAAAUCAGUGAAGAACGCGUACAAGAAUUAUAAUCAGCGUACUGAGACUGGCAAAAAAGAAUUUGAGGAACAAAGAUCAGAAGUUAAGAAUA